UCUGGGCUGGCUGCCCUCCCCCAAGGUCCGGGUGAUGCUGGAGCUCUGCAACGGCACCAAAGGAGUAUGUUUAACAGGGCCCCCAGGAUUACCAGGUCCUCCUGGUCUGGAUGGAACGCCUGGUUUCAAUGGCUCCGAUGGAAUUCCUGGUAUCCCCGGGCAAAAUGGAGAACCCGGAAGACGAGGGAAACCAGGACCAAAAGGUGACCCUGGAGAGAAAGGAGAAAAAGGAGAAAAAGGAGAUCCCGGUGAAAUCGGCUUACCUGGGAAAAAUGGGACACCGGGAGAAAAAGGGUCAAGAGGGGCCAAAGGGGAUAAAGGAGAAGCCAGCAACGAUGUAGCGGCAGAAGGUGUGAAAGGUGAGCCAGGGCCUCCAGGGCCCCCUGGCCCCCCAGGGCCUCCAGGGCCUCCAGGGAAACGAAAAGCAAAAGCCCCGGUUCAAGAGAACAUGUUCAGCGCCCAGUGUGUAGGGGAGACGUGUGCAGUUCCAAAUGACGAUACUCUGGUAGAAAAAGCUGAAGAAAAGGCAAACCUGUAUCACAAAAAAUCAGAAUGCAUCAUAAAGUCGAUAGGAAGCCCUGUCGAGAUUAAGAAGGUGAAAGAGACUUUUGGAGUGUGGAUGAUGGAUGCUGCAAAUCACAGCGACGAGCGGAUUUGGAUCACGGAACAUUUUACAGGCAAAACAGUAAAAGAAUAUGCCGACAUGGUCGCCUUGCUGAACGACAGCUAUGAAGUCAUCGAGCUCCCGUGGCACUUUUACGGAUGCGGCCACACCAUCUAUAACAACGCCGUAUACUAUCAGAAAAUAGGGACCAACAACAUUGUGAAAUUCGACCUGGGGACGAAGUUGUCCAAAACUCUCACGCUCGAGCAAGCCUGGAGCCACAUGCGCCAUUACCUCUUUGCCUAUUCGAAAACCUACUUCAACAUCGCCGUGGACGAGAUGGGAUUUUGGGUGAUGUACGUGGAGAGGUUCCACGAAAACAUCAUGGUGGCCUACGUGGAAGAGGAGAACUUUUCAGUGAUGCUGAACAUCAACACCACCUACCCGAAGUCCAAAGCCGGCAACGCCUUCAUCGCCUGCGGGGUGCUGUACGUCACCGACAAAAACGAUUCCUACGUGACGUUUGCUUUUGACCUGCUGAGCGAAAAGCAGGUCGAUGCCAGCUUCGAGCUGAAACGGAGCCCGUCCAACCUGGCCAUGCUCACCUACAACCCGAGAGAUAAGCAUCUUUACACGUGGGAGAAGGGGUCCCUAAUGCAGUACCCUGUCCAUUUCACCAGUUGAGCUCAUCCCAGCGGAAACCAUCCAUCACUCGGCCUGCCGUUGCCCCUGUUAAGCAGUCAUCCACCGUGGAGGCUCUUCUCCAGCUGCCUGUAAAUUCAUCCCUCCUGUCUAAGGAGAGCCGACGUUUGAAACUGCAUUCAUGUAAUGUGCAUUUUAGGGCGAAUGAAGAUCCCUGUUGUGUCAGUCAUUCCUGUUCAGGUUUUGCAGGCCAUUCCUGGCUCUGUAGAAGAAAGGACUGCUUAAUAUUAUAGCCCAUCCUACAUGUUAGCGGACCCAAAAAGAGUUUGUUGUUGUUCUACUCUGGGGUGCACAAUGUAUGGUCCAGGGGGCCCCUCAAAGCCUACCGAUGCCUGAACCUCCCCCCUGAUUUGGUCAUUUAGCAGGUGCUCCCAUGCCUCCAGCUGACUGCCUCUCUGAGCAUGGACCAGUUUAGUAGGGCCAUGAGAACUGGGGGCCAGUGAAGCACAUGGAAGGCCGCUUGAAGCCAGCUGCUGAGGUACCACACCUGGGAUCCAGUUCCAAACAGCCAGACCACGUGGAGGUUGAAGGUUUCUCUCCCCUCUCACUUCCACAGCCAGUUUGGUGUAGUGGUUAAG